AUGGCAUCAUCCUCCAAGACUUUUCUUCUUCUUGGCUUUAUGUUUGCUCUUGUGAUCCUCAUCUCCUCUGAGGUCUCAGCUCGUGAGCUAGUGGAAAUUACGAAGCUAGCAACCACUAUUGGGGGUAGAGUCUUAAAACCCGGGCCAGCCAUCAGUUGCGGUCGUAAUUCGUAUUCUAAAUGCCUACCUAAACCGAGAGGGCAUGGCCCCCCAGCCCCCGGUCCCGGGAGAGUAUAG